AUGAAUUUUGAAUUCGAGAGGGAGAUCGGUUUUAUCAACAGCCAGCCGUCCCUCGCGGAGUGCCUGACGUCCUUCCCAGCCGUCCUGGAGUCAUUUCAAACUUCAUCAAUCAAGGAGUCGACAGUAAUUCCGCCUCCCUUCGAGCACACCAUCCCCAGCCUCAGCCCCUGCGCAGCCAGCCAGCCGAGACCGGCAGCCAGGAGCCAGCAGCACCGGAGGACCUCCGUCGCCAAUGGCUUCCAGACGCACCACCGAGGCGCCCAGCAGCCGUGCCCGGGCGGCCAGCCACCGGCCCCGGCCGGCCCGCUGGCCCACGAGUUCCCCUGGAUGAAGGAGAAGAAGUCCUCCAAGAAGAGCCCGAAGCCCGGCGGCGGCGGCUUCAGCGGCGGCUGCUGCGUCAUCUCCACCGCCUCAUCCUCCCUGUCGCCGACCGCCUCCGGCUACAUGUCGGCGGGCAUCGAGUCACCCACAGGUCGACCCGAGCCAGGCGGGUGUGGACGGCGGAGGCGCCGGUCCCGCCGGCUGCGCACCGCCUACACCAACACGCAGCUGCUGGAGCUGGAGAAGGAGUUCCACUUCAACAAGUACUUGUGCCGGCCCCGGAGGGUGGAGAUAGCCGCCCUCCUGGACCUCACCGAGCGGCAGGUCAAAGUCUGGUUCCAGAACCGGCGGAUGAAGCACAAGCGCCAGACGACGCACCACCGGGACGGCGGAGGCCACGAAUCCGGCGAGUUCGAGCCGCUCGAGGGCGCCGACGCCUCGUCCCCGUACUCCAGUCAGCCGCUGGAAGCGCCCGGCACCGGGGAGGAGGAGGAGGAGACGGCGGCGGCGUCGGACAGCGAGGCCGGGAGCUGCAAUCCAUCUUCGGCCGCCUACGCGCAUGACAGCGGGGACAAUGCACAGCCCACGCCGGAGGAAGGAGGCUGGCCGAGCCGAGCCGCACGCCCCCCGCAGCCGGCGGUAUCGGGCCCCUCCGACGCGGCGGACCUCCCGGGUCUCAUGCAGCUCGUGGAGGCCGAGGGAGGCUCGUUCUCCGAGCACCGGGACUCGUCGGUCUCCUCGGCGGAGUCCUGCGCUCCCGCCGCGGCCUCCUCCUCCUCCUCCUCUUCCUCCUUGGCGCUGCCGGACCUCGCGUUCUUCGCCGGGGACGCGUGCCUGUCGCCCAGCCUGCAGAGCUCCCUGGACAGCCCGGUGGAUUUCUCCGAGGAGGACUUUGACCUGUUCACGAGCACGCUGUGCAACAUCGACCUGCAGCACCUCAACUUCUGAGGAACACACACUCACACACACACACACACACACACACACACACACACA